AUGGCCCCACCGCCGGAGCUGAUGGACGAGCUCGUCGGCGAGGUCCUCCUCCUCCUUCCUCCCGACGAUCCCGAGCACCUCUUCCGCGCCGCCCUCGUCUGCAAGUCGUGGCUCCGCGUCGUCUGCGACCCCUCCUUCCGCCGCCGCUACCGCGCCUUCCACGGAGCCCCUCCCCUCCUCGGCCUCCUCCAACAGUUCCAAGUCCUCCAACAAAGGCCCGCGCCCCGCUUCACCUCCACCACGUCGAUGCCAGACUUCCCCUACCCGGGCUCCGACGGCCAGGGCAAGCACCCCGUUCCCCUCGACUGCCGCCACGGCCGCGUGCUCAUCCACAUGGUGCAGGACGAGGGCCUGGUUUUCGUCGUCUCGGACCCGGUCACGGGCGACCGGCACGUCCUCCCCGCGCCGGGCAUCGUCUGGCUCAUCUGCACUGCCGCGGUCUUCUGCGCCGCCGAUGGCUGCCAACAUCUCGACUGCCAAGGCGGCCCCUUCCGCGUCGCCUUCCUGGCCACCGACGACGACGACCGCCAGGUUAAGGCGAGCGUGUACUCGUCGGUGACAGGUGCGUGGAGUGCGCCAGUAUCUCUUGACGAUGGUUGCGAAUGCUAUUCCCAGCACAUCCGAGAUGACAUUGCAGAAAACCUCUACCACCUGCCCUAUGUCAUGCCCCGGCGAGUAGCUGUCAUUGGAGAUGAGGUCUACUUCACACUUCGCUCUGCUCACAAAAUCGUCAAGUACAACUUGCCAAACAACUGCUUAUCCAUGAUCGACCCGCCGCCACACACUAGGAGCCCAAUUGCUCUCAUGGUGAUGGAGGACAGUUCGCUGGGGUUUGCCUGCACUGAGAGUUCUAGUCUUUAUCUGUGGUCAAGGAAGGUGAAUUCAGAAGCAGCUGCUGAAUGGGUAAAAUGCAGGAACAUCGAGCUGGAGACAAUUGUGCCCGUCGUGGAUCCAGAUUACCAACCAUUUGUGGUUGGUUCCGCAGAGGGUGUGGGUGUCAUCUUCAUAAACACAGAUGCUGGCUUAUUCACUCUAGAGCUCAAGUCAGGGCGAGUCAGAAAGGUUGAUGAGCCCGCACAGUACUUUAGCGUCCUACCCUACAUGAGCUUCUACACUCCAGAUCGUGGCAUAUUGUUGGCGCUAGCGAAGACCCACUGA